CUCCUGUUCUGUCCGUCUGCGCGCCGAGACAAGGGAUGUAUUAGUGUCUCCCUCGGGGACCGUGGAGGAGAAUGCACCUCCGUGCACACAGGUGCCACUGAUCCAGCACCUCUCUCUCUCUCUCCCCUCUGCACACUUACACUUCCCCCCUGUUGGUGAUGCUUUUGUGACAAAAAAAGGGAAUAAAAACAAAAUUACACAGGUUUGAUCAUGGCAGACAAAGACAGCGUGGAGAAAUUCCUGGAGAGCAACCCGCAGUUUGCCAAAGAGUACUUUGACAAGAAGCUGCGUGCAGAGGCUCUGGCCACAGCCUUCUCCGCACCUGUCGACGUUAAGGACGCCGCGUCUUUCAAGGAUGUUAACUCGGUGCAAGAAGCCGCCAUCAUCUUCGACCUGGUGCAGGAGCUGCAGAAGCCCGGGGACAUGGAGAAGUCCCUGCACAAAGCGCUGCAGAGGAUCGCACUCAUCAUCCAGGCGGACAGGGUCAGUUUCUUCAUGAGCCGCUCCAGAAACGGAAUACCUGAGCUGGCCACGUCCCUCUUCGACGUGACCACGACGAGCAAAUACGAGGCGAAUCUGGUCCACCCGCAGGCUGAGAUCGUGUUCCCUCUGGACAUGGGCAUUGUCGGCUACACCGCACACUGCAAAAAGCCCCAAAAUGUUCCCGACGUCACCAAGAAUUCAAAGUUCUGUGACUUUGUGGACAAGCAGACGGGAUACAAGACCAAAUGCAUGCUCACUUUCCCCGUGAUGGCUGAGAAAGAAUGCCUCGGAGUCACCACGGUGAUGAACAAAAUCGGGGCUGAUCACUUCUCUCCAGAGGAUGAGGCUCUUUUCCACAAGUACAUGAACUUUGCUCAAGUCAUUGCCCUGCAACAUUACACGGCCUACAUGUUCAAUGUGGAGUCCAGGAGGAGUCAGGUGCUGCUCUGGUCAGCCAGUAAAGUGUUUGAGGAGUUGACAGACAUUGAGAGACAGUUCCACAAAGCUCUCUACACUGUCAGGACGUAUCUACUAUGUGAACGAUACUCAGUGGGCCUGUUGGAUAUGACCAAAGAAAAGGAAUUCUAUGAUGAAUGGCCGGUGAAAUUGGGAGACGUUGAACCCUAUAAAGGUCCUAAAACACCAGAUGGCAGGGAAGUCAACUUUUACAAGAUCAUUGACUACCUGCUGGAAGGCAAAGAAGAAAUCAAAGUCAUACCCGGUCCACCUGCAGAUCACUGGGCUCUAGUCAGCGGACUGCCCUCCUACGUCGCAGAGAAUGGAUUUAUUUGCAACAUGAUGAAUGUGGCUGCGGACGACUUCUUCACUUUCCAGAAAGAGGCUGUGGAUGAUACGGGUUUCGUCAUCAAGAACGUCUUGUCGCUGCCGAUUGUCAACAAGAAGGAAGAAAUCGUGGGCAUCGCCACGUUCUUCAACAGGAAAGACGGCCGACCGUUUGACGAACACGACGAACAGAUUACAGAGGCUCUGACACAGUUCCUGGGCUGGUCCGUGUUAAACUGCGACACCUACGACAGGCUGAACCGCAUGGAGUACAGGAAAGACAUCGCCCAAGAGAUGCUCAUGUACCAAACCAGGUGCACACAAGAUGAGCUGCAGUCCAUUCUGAACACCAAAGAAAAGUUUGAUGCAGAGCCCGAAGACUGCGAUCCGAAAGAGAUGUACAAGCUGUUGAGAGGAACCUGUCCACCGGCUAACGACGUCAACGGAGAGGAUCUGUACAAGUUCUCCUUCAGUGACUUCCCCGUUUCAGAGUUUGACCUCAUCAAAGCUGGCAUUCGCAUGUUCUUUGAGCUUGGAGUCGUUGAAAAGUUUAAAGUUCCCCCAGAGACACUGACGAGGUGGAUGUACACAGUGAGGAAGGGUUACCGUGCCAUCACCUACCACAACUGGAGGCACGGCUUCAACGUUGGCCACACCAUGUUCUGCCUGCUCCAGACAGGGAAGCUGAGGAAGUACUACUCUGAUCUAGAUGCCUUUGCCAUGGUGGCUGCUGCUUUCUGCCAUGAUAUCGACCACAGAGGAACCAACAACCUCUACCAGACCAAAAGUGCACAUCCUCUUGCCAAACUCCACGGCUCUUCCAUUAUGGAGAGGCACCACUUGGAGUACAGCAAGACCCUCAUGGGCGAGGAGAGUCUGAACAUCUUCUGCAACCUCCAGAAGCGUCAGUUUGAGAACGUGCAGCACUUGUUUGACGUCUGCAUCAUCGCCACUGAUCUGGCCCUUUACUUCAAAAAGAGGACCAUGUUCCAAAACAUUGUGAACGCUACAGAGCCGAUGCCAGAUGAAAAGGAGGCCAUCGCCUAUAUUUCCAACAACCCCACCAGGAAGGAGAUUGUCAUGGCCAUGAUGAUGACCGGCUGUGACUUGUCAGCCAUCACCAAACCCUGGGAGGUGCAGAGCAAGGUGGCUCUGAUGGUCGCUGCUGAAUUCUGGGAGCAGGGCGAUUUGGAGAGAAGUGUUUUGGACCAACAGCCCAUUCCCAUGAUGGACAGAAACUGUGCCGAGCAGCUACCCAAGAUGCAGUGCGGUUUCAUUGACUUUGUGUGCUCGUUUGUGUACAAGGAGUUCUCCAGGUUCCACAAGGAGAUCCAGCCCAUGUUUGACGGUCUGAACAACAACAGGGCACACUGGAACGAGCUGGCUCAGGUGUACGACGCAAAGAUGAAGGCCAUCGAGGAUGAGAAGAAGAAAGUGGAGGACGGAGGCAGCAAACCAGACGCAGGAAAGUCCAAGACCUGCACCAUCUCCUAAAUUCUUUGCAGUGCUUGAUCUGGACUGAUGCAGUCUGGUUAGGACUCAUCUAGGCUACACUAGCCUAAAAUUCUGGUCUGAUGUUUAUCUAGUUGGAUCUUUGCUAGACUAGCUCAGUCUAGUCUGAUUAACAUCAGUGUUAGUUCUCUGUGGUUAAGUGCUGUCUGCUCUGGUAAAGUCCAGUCUGGUCAAAGAUACCUGGUCUGGUCCAGUUCAGUCUGGAGUCUGACCUAGGCGGGUUUGGUCUGCAGUCCAGUCUGAAUUAGGGAAGGUUUAAUUAUAAUUGGAGAGUCAAAAUCACCAAGAAGUAAUGCUGGGACCUUCUUUCCUCUCUUUUGUUCUAGACUUAAAUACAUACUGUAGAGUUCCUCCCUGAGACUUGAAGGCUGGCUUUCACUGAAAACAUGGCUGCCAGUGGGAUGUCACUUUAUUUUGCUGUUACAACAACAUUUUCUGACCGAAAACUGAAGUUUGUGUCACUCCCACACAGAAAGCCCACAGAGAAAAUGAGCAAUUAUACAUGACGGCACACAGGAGUUGUUGACUCACCGCUGCCUUCAUUUUUAAGUUCACGUUUAUUAUUUUGUGACUUCUGUGUAUGAAAUCCAGUGUCUGGAUUUAAUUAAGUGGUACAAACUUACCAAAUGAGGCAGCAGGAGAACAGCAGCUGCUGUGUCCCUUCAAGCUCAACAAUGCUGGUUUUCUCGAUGGGUUUUGGUUCAGACAAGUUGCUGUUUUUCCUCGUCUUCCCUCUGGCAGCCACGUUUUCCUCGUUGACGUUGAAAAACCUUAAAAAGCUGUUAUGUUCCCAAAUAGGAUGUUGCAUGUACAUGUAUGUGGGGUAAAUCCAUGCCAAAGCAAUACAGUAGCUCUCAAAUUAUGGUUCCCACUGGCACACUGUACAGCAGUACCUACUAUAGGUUGUACAACAGAGUUAGCUACUGCUGCGGGAGGUGUAGAACUAACCACAGAACUUUAUACUUAGUGAAAAGAGAAAAGGAGUUGAUAUUCUGUUUUGUUUUUUUGUUUUAAGUAGAAUAUAAUAAUUUGAAAUUCAUUUCUUGAACACAAAAAAGAGGGUAAUGGUUCGCUAACACUCCACCAAACAAGGGCUAACAUGUUCUUACCUCAAAGGCACCCUGGUCAGUCAUAAGAGGAACUAUUCAUGUUAAUAUGCAAUCUUUCUAUAUAUACAUAUACAUAAUAUAUUUUUUUGAUUGUGUGAGAAUUUUGUACUUGUCUUCAUAGCUGAAAGAAUUGGCGUUCUGUAAAAAAUUAAAUCACAUUCAGGCAUCGAGAGCAGAUUUUGAACCUGUGCAACUUUAUUGCCGGCUUUGAUAAACAACUACAAGCUGUGUUACUUAUUUUAUGUUCAACUACCUGGGAAAAUAUAAGAAAAGUGCAACAAUUCAGUCAUGAAUUAACAAAUGAUUUCAAAUGUAUAUAGUUGAUGACAUAGCAGUCGUAAAAAUGUACAUUGCGUAAUAACCGAAGCUUUAAAUCGAUUCGUAACCUUUUGCUUCUUGGACGAGCGCACUUAGUUGCUGUCAAACAGGGAAGAGUUGAAGAACCUCUGAAGUAAGAAGAUCUGAUAGGAUUUAUUUGUCAGCCAGCGCUGACAGAGAUCCACACAGCUUUAGACUUUAAAUACCCUCCUAACAGAGGAGGUAGAGCAGGCUACCAAAGCCUUAUCAUACCAACGUGCAGGCGACUUGUACUCAAGAAGAGGAAGCCAUCGCAUCACCAAGUGUUUGAUCGUUUAAGCUACGCUGCCUCUUUAUGCAACAGUGAGAUGAAUCAUCGUUUGAUGUUCACGCAGUGUGAAUCCCCCUUGAAAAGAUUUCCGCGUAGAAAACUGAACUGAACUCUGAUCCAGUCCCAGCAAUGUCAUCCUCAACCUGUAUGCACUCUCUGACACAGUUUUAGCGAUGGGUCAGAGGCGGGCUUUGGCUCUCCUCUUCCUGUUACACAAUGUCAUCUCCUCUAAUCAAGGGGGCCAUCAAUCAAAGGCACUUAAUCCUCUCAGAAUGGCUUUGGGGCCUGGAAUCUACCUUUUUGGCUGUUUGAGGUGAAGCAGGGGCAGCUGCAGGAGCUAAAGCUGAACAUCAACUGCUUAUGCUUAACAUUUACCUUGCACAACUUUAAAAUGGAUGGGUCCACCUACAGUUUUGAGUUGAGUGGUGGAUAAUAAAUCGCCCCUUGCUUUUUAUGCAAAAUAAAGCACUAUAUACGGUGAAAAAGAAAGUGGUUGACGAGCAAGUUUGUUAACCAUUUUCUUUUUACAUGGUGCAUGCCGGCCCAAGGCAUAAGCAAACUGGAACCCCAAACAUUUUAAUGUAUUAAAUAAAUAAAUAAAUAAAUAAAUAUAGAUAUAUAUUUAGAUAUAAGUAGAGUUGAACUUAAGUUAUUUGUUCUAAGUUUCAAAAAAAUCAAAGUUAUUAGCCCCCCCCCCCAAAUUAAAUUCAGCGUAAGUCCCCAUAAAGGCUUGGGCCGGCCCUGCAGCUGUUACUCAGACUAUAGAAGUCUAUCAUGUGAUGUAUGCAAUGGCCUCUGCUGUAUGUAUGUAUGCAUGUAUGUGUUAUGAGAUGUAACUUGUAAAAGCAAAUAAAGGAAUUUAUGGAGCGUAA